GCGCCAUUGGGAGCGCGCAGGACCAGUCCCUCCAUCCUGCCGCGGAGCCGGGGAGCGUGGAGCCGCGCAGAGCGCACACUGACAGAGAGCCACAGAAGAUGGACGGAGUGGGAUCGUUCGGAGCGGGCAGAACCGGGACCACCGUGGACCCGAUCACGUUCGCUAAACAGCCUCAGACUAUCCUGAGAAUUCUCUCCUGGAUAUUUUCGCUGGUGGUUUUCGCCUCUAUCGUGAACGAGGGUUAUGUUAACCUGGGCAGUGAACGCCUCCACUGUGUCUUCAAUAAGAAUGCAGACGCCUGCAACUACGGCGUGUUCGUGGGCCUGGUGGGCCUGCUGGCAUGUUUUUUCUUCUUCCUGCUCGAUUACAAGUUCUCUUCCAUCAGCUCUGUCAAAGAUAGGAAGAAGGCUGUGAUGCUGGAGAUUGGCUUCUCAGGUUUUUGGACCUUUCUGUACUUUGUAAGUUUCUGCUUCCUGGCCAAUCAGUGGUCUCGGACCAAAGGUGAUGAUCUGCCUCUCAACCAGGGGGCUGAUGCAGCACGAGCAGCAAUCGCCUUCUCCUUCUUCUCCAUAAUCACUUGGGCCGGCUUAACCGUGCGUGCGGUCCAGAAGUACCUUCUGGGAACAGACAUGACCCUGUUCACCACUGAGCACAUGGACGGCGGCGCACCAACCCAGCCGUACCCGUCCAAUUCACCAGGAGGCGCCCCAACCGACACCACAGAGCCCUACCAGAGCCCGCCGUUCACCGAAAACAACACAGCCCCUACAUACCAGGUUCCUAUUUACUAGGACAGACAGAUGUGUUGAUGGAAGAGACGCAGAUAAAAGAAAAUUGUUUUCUUGUGAUUUCUGUUUCAAGUAAAGUUGUUCAUGAGUCGACCCGGGAAACAGUUUUCAAUAGCUGUUUAGAAUAAAGUCGUCCGGCCUCUGCUUCUUUGUUUCCUCCUCUCGUUUCCUGCCCCUCCUGAACAUUCCAGCUUUAUCUGCCUUUUUUUCUAGACCUGCAGAAAGGAUAUUCCUCCUGCAUCGGCGCAGAUAAAUCAAAAUCAAAACUAGAGGAGGAAAAGUGAAAGAGGGAGGUUCCUUUUGAAGUGUUCAAAAAUCAUUUUGUUCUGAACAAAUUCCACCACAGUGGUUUUAAACAACAGUGAGCAGUGCAGGGAGUGUUCUCUUAUAGCACUUUGGUCUUAAUUCUUUUCAUUCAUUCAGGUGUCGGUUUUCUUGCCAAAACUGGGAAUGAUCUUGUUUUCAUUCAUUAGCAGCAUAGAUAACUCCUCCUGUGUUCCCAGUUGGUGAUCAUUUGCAUUGAAUCUGUAUGUUUCCAAACGUAGAGAUCAAAUAAGUGCCAUAUUCUUACCGUGUGUCUGAGGACGUUACCGAGUUCGGUCGGUUUUCCACAUGCUGUACACAACUGCAAUGUUUUAUGACAGAGUGCAAUAUUUCAUAUUCUUGUGUACUGUAGGCAGGCAGGCAGGCACUGUACUAAAGUAAAGACGUUAUAAUCAGAGCAGGUUGACUCCAGGGUCUGUCUCAAAUGACACAUUUCUUAAAAUCACUCUCAUUCAAAUACUGUAUUGAUCAAAUUGAAGAGAUUAUUUCCACCAUUGAAGACUUUCUAGGAGUUUUCAUAGAGAGAAACACCAUCAUUCGCAUUGGUGAACAAUUAUUACUUAGUUUAUGAAUGCGCCGUUAUAAUUCUCACUCUACCCAAGCCAAUUGAAUGAGGCCUCUUGCAGAAUAUCCUUUAGGGGCUCCUCAGAUAUUUUUCUUCUUUUUGUUUCCUUUUCCAUUUUGCACUUAUUGUGGAGAAAAGUACCAAGCUAAGGGGAGUGUUGAGCAGUGCGCUUGUUCUCUGAGAAGGUUUCAUCUACCCGGUUACAUCCCCACUGCCUGUACUCUGGGUCCCUGAGCAAGACCCUAACUCCACACUGUUCCCCAGGUGCCGCACAAUGGCAGCCCACUGCUCCCUAAGAGGAUGGGUUAAAUGCAGAGGUAAAUUUCUCUAGUGAGAGAUUAAUAAAGUUCAAUUAUUAUUAUCAAAUGAAAAAUGUUAGUGAUAUUUGUAACAUUUGGUGCUUUCCUUGACCAUUCACAAUCACAUCAGUGGCUUCAAAUUAUUCAUUGUAGAAUUUUGAUAAAAAGUUUUUUUUAAGCAUUACAUUUUUUAAUUUCCCU